UAAUGUAUUAGUGAGAGGGAAGCCAUGUGUUCCUGUGUUAUUAACACCACAACUGUUUUAUUCUCUAUUCCUUCUUACAAUCAAACCCUACAAAUGACUUCUGUUUGCCACUCACUGCCUGUUCUGACUCCCCACAAAUCACUGGAACGCAAUUCUUCAACUUUUUUUCUCUUAAAUACAAAUGUCUGCCUAAAAUCUAAAAAGCUGUAAAUAAGUAGAAUGAAUGGGUAAUGUAGGCUGUUGUGUAGUCAGAAGCAUUUUGCUGGCUUUCUGAGAGAGGCUGCUGGUUUGCUCAGAGGGUCCCUGGUGCAAUGGAAGACCCUCUUGGGUGCUAUUUCGCAAUCUCAGGCAUUCGCUAUUGGUCAGUGUGUGAUCAUAUGCUUCUAUUUUCUUCUGUCCCUCACUGGCACCCGGCCAUCCCCCUUCUGCUAAAACCCAAUCUCCGAUAAACUACUAAUAGCUAAAGCACUUGGACUAUAAAACACAACAAAUCAUAAAGCCAGGAAGCACUGCCGCCUCCUCCCAAUGAGUUCCUAUUUUGUCAACUCCACUUUCCCGGUAACUCUGCCUGGUGGGCAGGAACCCUUCCUGGGACAGAUCCCGUUAUAUUCCUCAGGAUAUGCGGAUCCAUUAAGGCACUAUUCCGCCAGCUACGGGGCCACUGGGGUGCAGGACAAGAGCUAUGCGCCCAGCCCCUACUUCCAGCAGCCAAACGGAGCUUACAGCCGGACGGCAGCCUGCGACUAUGGCGCAGCGGGAUUUUAUAGGGACAAGGAGGUUUCGUGUGCGCUCUCGUCGCUAGAGGAACAGUCGCAGUUCGGACAGGAGCAGCGCAAAGCGGACUGUGCGCACAGCAAACUGCUGUAUGAGGAGCAGGAUGAGGCAAAGUGCGCCACUCCAGUGUACCCCUGGAUGCAAAGGAUGAACUCCUGCAACAGUUCUGUGUUCGGGCCCAGUGGGAGGAGAGGCAGACAGACCUACACCAGGUACCAGACCCUGGAGCUGGAAAAGGAAUUUCACUUUAACCGCUACCUGACACGGAGGCGCAGGAUCGAAAUUGCGCAUUCCCUCUGCCUUACUGAGCGGCAAAUCAAGAUCUGGUUCCAGAACAGAAGGAUGAAGUGGAAAAAGGAGAGCAAAUUGUUGAAUUCUUCAGUACAGAGUGCAGGGGAGGACGAGGAGAAGCCAACUGAGUGACAGUGUGCGCCUCCGCAGCCGCAAAGGGUGACAGUGCGUCACCGCAACAUUGCGCACUUCUAUCCUUGUACCUUGAAUAAAUUAUUGUUGCACAGACUGGUAAAGGAACCUGAAUGAUAAUCCUCCAACUACCUAUAUGUCUAUCACUGUCUGUCUGCAAUAUUCCUCCUACACACACAUAUAUAUAUAGUAUAUACACUCAAUACUACAUAUAUAUGUACAUGUAAAAUCGCAUAAACAAAAAAAAAACGCCCACAUCCAAGCGUCUUGUCCCAUGCACGAUUUGGCAUAAUGAUUUUUGCUGUCUAUUGUGUGUUUAAUUUCUAUGUCUACUGAAAGUACAAUACUACCUAGCAACAAAUUGUGAAAUUCUCUAUUUUAUUAUUAUUAUUUUUUUUUUUAAAUGUGUUUGUCGUCUGUGUUUUUUCCUAUUUGUAGUUUGGAAAGGACUGAUAAACUAGUGGCGCAGCACUGUUAAUGUAUAAUAGUGAAUGCUGCGCUGCUGCCCAAUGUAUAUAGGCAUCUAAUUGUACUAUGGAGUAGAAGUCGCUUAUAUUGGAAGCACAAGCCCAAUGUCCAGUCUGUAUAUUUUAGUACAGAGUCCCCUGGGGACCCGGACUGAUCAAACAUCCCUUCUCAUUAAUACACUGGCUUUUUCCCCUGCACUUUCCCCUGCAUUACAAUCAGCAGGAGCAACAAUCAGAAACACAAGGGAGAAAAUUCAUCUCUAAUCCAAUUCCAUUCUCAUGCAGCUAGUCUGGGAUAUUUCAUUAAAUGUUAUUGAAAUGAAA